GGGGCUUGAACGCGGCAUCCAGAAUCUCUAUUUCAGUUCUACACAGAAGAGAAACUUCUGCUAAUAAAAGUUACUUCACGAGUAUUGUAUUAGUACUGAAGUAUGAAAAAACACUUGUAGAUCUACCGGCUUCAGAAACGCAGGUGUGAAGAUGAUUCCUGUGAAUGAGUUCCGGAGCAUCACAACAGAACAGAACCCGAAGUUCAGGGUUCUGAAGCCGUGGUGGGACGUGUUGUCGGAAUAUCUGGGCAUUGCCAUGCUCAUGAUUGGGGUGUUCGGAUGCACAGUUCAGCUGACACAGGAGAAGAUUUCUUGCCUGCCAAACCGCUUCACGGAUCUCUCGAGAGGAGACGUGGACUGCAGUCAUCUGCGAGAGCACAAAGAGAAUGAGAGUAUGUGGCAGUACGCCAUCACCAAACGUCUGAGUCCAAACAUCGUCGAGGUGUUCGGCAGGAAGAACGGACUCGAUAUCCACCAGUACGACUUUGUCAAUCACUUCUGUUACGAGCGUGCCGUACACUGGUAUGGCAAGUACUUCCCCUACCUGGCGCUCAUCCACAGCAUGAUCUUUAUGGUGGCCAGCAGCUUCUGGUUCAAGUUUCCAGGAACAUCAUCAAAGAUCGAGAUGUUUGUGAUCAUUCUGGGAAAAUGCUUCGACUCUCCCUGGACCACAAGAGCGAUCAGUGAAGUGUCAGAAGAAAGGAGAGAAGAGAGAACGGUCUCAUGGAGAAAGAAUUCCAUGACAAAAUCCACAAUAGAUGAUGACACAGUGACUCUGAUCCGAUCUUCUGUAAAGUCCAACUCGGAUCAGAAAUCAGCAGAAACCGCUGCAUCGCUCUUGGAUAAAAAAGAGGGUGAGCAGGCCAAAGCCCUGUUUGAAAAAGUCAAAAAGUUUCGGACACAUGUUGAGGAGGCAGAUCUUCUUUACCUUAUGUACGUGCUACAGACUGCAUUAAAAGUUUUCAAAUUUGCCCUUAUCACCAUGUAUAGUGUUGUGUCGGUUCCAAACAUCCAGAUUGUGGUGAUGUGCUCGGUGCCUCCAGAUCUCACGGGCUUUGGGACAUUCUGCUGUAACUAUAAUAAAGCACAUCUGUUUUCUAAAUUAGCAUAUUGCUACAUAUGCUUCGUUGGGGUGUAUGGAAUGUUGUGUGUAUAUUCACUUUAUUGGCUGUUUCAUCGACCAUUGAAAGAGUAUUCCUUUGAGGCCGUUCGAUUGGAGACGGGAAUCAAUGACAUACCAGAUGUUAAAAAUGACUUUGCGUUUCUCCUGCACCUCAGUGACCAGUACGACACCCUCUACUCCAAACGCUUCGCUGUCUUUCUCUCUGAAGUAAGCGAGAGCCGGUUGAGGCAGGUGAACCUCAAUAACGAGUGGACAACUCAAAAACUCUGCACUCGUUUGGCGCGCAACGUGAGCGAGCGGUUGGAGCUCCACUUAUUUAAGCUACCGGGGCUACCGGACACCGUCUUUGAGAUUCCAGAUGUAGAAUCCCUCAAACUGGAAAUGAUAAACAAUGUCACCAUCCCUGGCAGCAUAACGCAGCUCAAAUCCUUGCAGGAGAUCUCAUUAAUCCACAGUCCAGCCAAGCUGCAGCUAGCGGCCCUCAGUCACCUACGUGAGAACCUCAAAGUUCUGCAUCUGACCUUUGAGAGCCCAGACCAGGUGCCGCUGUGGAUGUACACCUUACAGAACCUGGAGGAACUUCAUCUGAGCGGCCCCUUAAGCAAUGAGCUCUCUCGCAGUCCUACCUUGGACACCUUACGUGAGCUUAAACAUCUACGUGUGCUGAUGUUACAUUGUAAACUGACCAAGAUACCGCCCAGUACCGUGGAUGUUUCUGGCCAACUGUUGCGACUCUGCAUUCACAAUGAAGGAACACGACUUCAGGUCUUCAAUAGUCUGAAAAAGCUGGUUAACCUCGCUGCUCUGGAGCUGACAGGCUGUCGACUGGAGCGAAUCCCCAGUGCUGUCUUCAGUCUUUCCCACCUGAAGGAGCUGGACCUGAGAGAGAACAGGCUCACCAGCAUAGAGGAAAUCCUGAGUCUGCAGCACUGUCGCCGUCUGACGACCCUUAGGCUGUGGCACAAUGACAUUUCUUGCAUCUCCGAGCAUGUCUCUAAACUCCGCGCCCUGGAGACUCUGGACAUGAGCUGGAAUAAGAUCCGCAGACUUCCUGCUCGCCUCUGUUACUGCACCAAACUACGACAUUUGGACCUCUCGCACAACCAGCUGACAUCCCUGCCUUCAGAGAUUGGCAUCCUUCAGUGUCUGCAGUUCCUCUCUGUCGCCUACAACUCACUGGAGUCUCUCCCUGAAGAGCUGUUCUCCUGUAAGAGGCUGAAAGUUCUAGCAUUGGGGAAUAACAGCAUUUCCGUGUUGUCCCCACGUGUCAUGAAUCUGGCUCAUCUGGUGAGGCUCGAGUUGAGGGGUAACCGGUUGGAGUCAUUGCCUGCUGAGAUCGGCAACUGUAUCUCACUGAAAUUAGCUGCUCUUAUCGUGGAAGAUGGCCUGAUUGAGCUGCUGCCGCCAGACGUCAAAGGCAAAAUGAAAGACAGAUAAUACAAAAACGGGUUUGACACAAAUGUCAGUGAGAGUUGAAAAAGCUCUGUGAAGCGUGACCAUUCACAAACUUUUAAAGUUUUCUUUGAGUAAAACAACUGAUUUACUUCAAUCUUUUAAAUAACCCAAAGCAUCUGUUAGACAAGCAAUGAUCAAAACGAUAUUAUGUACACUGAUUACAUCAAUUACAAGUGCCUUCAGUUUAUAAGCAUGAUAGUUAAACAGAAGGUGCAUUGUUGUAUUUGCAGCAUGAAACACUGAACUUUCACCUGACUAGAACGACAGAAUGACAGCUCUUAAAAUCUCUGCACAUUAGUCACAGUGUGUUGACAUAAUAGUAAUAUUGACACAAUAUUAACAGAAAAGAGGAAGUUUGAGGCUAAUAAUAUAAACGGUUGAUACGGUCUCAUGUGUUGAGCAGCUUCUUUCCUUCAGAGAAACACUGUAUGAAUGCUGGAACCGCUAAUACAGGAACAAAUGUAAUGUAAAUGUAAAUAAGCUAAUCUUUCAUGUAUGACCCCCCAGUGAUGUAUUUCCUUUUAACCUCGUGGUUAAAGGUUUUCUUCCCAGUAGUUCAGAUGUUUAUAUAAUAUGUUCAUUGCGCUGUCAGUACUGUCAUACCUGAAUCAUUUAAUUAUACAGCAGAAACAUGCCGUACAAUCUGAAUGCCACAUCAUGCUGCAACUUGUCUCCAGAACAAUAAACAUUCACAGCACACUGAGUUCUUCACAUGUGAUUCUUGAGCGACAUGUCUUCCUGGUUAAUGGGCGUGGCUGAGCAGGUUUCCGUAAGUCUGUGGAGAUUCUCUUAAAUAUUCCAGGUUCAAUAGAAGUUAAGCACAGUCAGCAGCAUUUGUAGCAGUGUUGAUUAGCACACUUCAGUGUUGGAGUCUUGAUAUUGUGGUCUUGGUCUGGACCUGGGUCUCAACACUUAAAGUCUUGGUCACCAUUCACUUGCAUUGUAUGGACCUACAGAUCUGAAAUAUUCUUCUAAAAAUCUUUAUUUGUGUUCUGCUGAAUAAAGCAAGUCACACACAUCUGGGAUGUCAUGAGGGUAUCCAUCCAUUUAAACUUUUACUUGCAGUGAAAAUCAGACAAAUGCCAUGCAGAACUCUAUGGUGGUGUACAGCCAGAGUAGGGGAAGAAGAUUCUUCAAAUUAAAACAUACUGCCUGGACUGACAUGUCUUGGUCUGGAUCUGGGUCUUGAAGGGUCUGGUCUGGAUCUGGAUCUUGAAGGGUCUGGUAUUGGUCUAGGUCUUGGAGGGUCUGGUAUUGGUCUAGAUCUUGAAGGGUCUGGUAUUGGUCUAGGUCUUGGAGGGUCUGGUAUUGGUCUAGAUCUUGAAGGGUCUGGUCUGCAUCUGAGUCUUGAAGGGUCUGUUCUGCAUCUCAGUCUUGAAGAGUCUAGUCUGCAUCUGGGUCUUGGAGGAUCUUGGAAGGUCUGGUAUUGGUCUAGGUCUUGAAGGGUCUGGUAUUGGUUGAGGUCUUGAAGGGUCUAGUCUGGAUCUGGGUCUUGAAGGGUCUGGUCUGGAUCUGGGUCUUGGAGGAUCUGUUCUGCAUCUCGGUCUUGGAGAGUCUAGUCUGCAUCUGGGUCUUGGAGGAUCUUGGAAGGUCUGGUAUUGGUCUAGGUCUUGGAGGGUCUGGUAUUGGUCUAGGUCUUGGAGGGUCUGGUAUUGGUCUAGGUCUUGAAGGGUCUAGUCUGGAUCUGGGUCUUGGAGGGUCUGGUAUUGGUCUAAGUCUUGAAGGGUCUAGUCUGCAUCUGGGUCUUGGAGGAUCCUGGAAGGUCUGGUAUUGGUCUAGGUCUUGGAGGGUCUGGUAUUGGUCUAGGUCUUGAAGGGUCUAGUCUGGAUCUGGGUCUUGGAGGGCCUUGGAAGGUCUGGUAUUGGUCUAGGUCUUGGAGGGUCUGGUAUUGGUCUAGGUCUUGAAGGGUCUAGUCUGGAUCUGGGUCUUGGAGGGUCUGGUAUUGGUCUAGGUCUUGAAGGGUCUAGUCUGCAUCUGGGUCUUGGAGGAUCUUGGAAGGUCUGGUAUUGGUCUAAGUCUUGGAGGGUCUAGUCUGGAUCUGGGUCUUGGAGGGUCUUGGAAGGUCUGGUAUUGGUCUAGGUCUUGGAGGGUCUGGUAUUGGUCUAGGUCUUGAAGGGUCUGGAUCUGGGUCUUGGAGGGUCUUGGAGGGUCUGGUAUUGGUCUAGGUCUUGAAGGGUCUAGUCUGGAUCUGGGUCUUGGAGGGUCUUGGAGGGUCUGGUAUUGGUCUAGGUCUUGAAGGGUCUAGUCUGCAUCUGGGUCUUGGAGGAUCUUAGAAGUUCUGGUAUUGGUCUAGGUCUUGGAGGGUCUGGUAUUGGUCUAGGUCUUGAAGGGUCUAGUCUGCAUCUGGGUCUUGGAGGAUCUUAGAAGUUCUGGUAUUGGUCUAGGUCUUGGAGGGUCUGGUAUUGGUCUAGGUCUUGAAGGGUCUAGUCUGGAUCUGGGUCUUGGAGGAUCUUGGAAGGUCUGGUAUUGGUCUAAGUCUUGGAGGGUCUAGUCUGGAUCUGGGUCUUGGAGGGUCUUGGAAGGUCUGGUAUUGGUCUAGGUCUUGGAGGGUCUGGUAUUGGUCUAGGUCUUGAAGGGUCUAGUCUGGAUCUGGGUCUUGGAGGGUCUUGGAGGGUCUGGUAUUGGUCUAGGUCUUGAAGGGUCUAGUCUGGAUCUGGGUCUUGGAGGGUCUGGUAUUGGUCUAGGUCUUGAAGGGUCUAGUCUGCAUCUGGGUCUUGGAGGAUCUUAGAAGUUCUGGUAUUGGUCUAGGUCUUGGAGGGUCUGGUAUUGGUCUAGGUCUUGAAGGGUCUAGUCUGGAUCUGGGUCUUGGAGGAUCUUGGAAGGUCUAGUAUUGGUCUGGAUCUUGGAGUGUCUGGUUUUGACUACACCUCUGCCACACUUACAAUCGAAAAUGUACACACAGUUUCAAAAAUAUAACCACAAAAUCUAAUAUUGAAACAUAUUAGUCUGAUAAAAUUGCUUACAGGGUUUAUGACAUUGUAUUGCCAUGGCAAUGAAGUUACAAUAUUGGAUGCAACUUUACAUUGAUAAGUUUAGUAAGUGGUUGCGUGAACACAUACAACGUUUACAUCUUGUGGCGAUACUUUUGAGACGGUGUCUAUUUUAGUGAUUACAGAUUGACCCCACUGACUUCCAUUGUAAGUGUCUCACUGUAACACAGAUUUAAGUUUGUUUUAAAUAAACGAGGAACAAAUCCAAAAUAUUUUUUGUGGCAAUCAACAUUAUGCCAAUAAUGCUGUCGAUUGAGCUGAAAUUGUAUUAAACCGGGAACGUUCCUUUAUGACUAUAAAAAUGAUUUAGUAUAAUGAUUGUGCUGCUAGUCAUGUUUAUCAGACACACCCAAAAACCUACAGUGAACAAA